AUGGCGCCCAAGGGUGCAACGCUGCGGUUGAGUGCGCGGUCCAACAAGACGGAAAGCCAUGUCGAGCGCAUGGCGCGAGCAGGGUUGCAAAAGGCAGCAGAUGGUUUGCCAGAAAUGGAUCGUCUGUUAGCAGAAGGUUUGCCUAAAGCCGUGGAGCAGUUCGUUAGCAGUCUUCGCAAACUGCAAAGCAGGGACGACCUGCUGAAUUCUGAAGUUCCGUUGGAACCUGCAAAGAAUCUUCGUCAGGUCGUGUGGCACUUCCGCGACCUUUCGUGGAGGACAGCAGUUCAUGCGGAGCAGGCCACAAAAUUGGGGGAAGCCUUGGCGGAGCCGCUCAAGAUUAUACAAGCCAUUUCAGUUCUGAUUGAAGGCAUGGACCUGCAGAGCUUGAUCCGUGGUGAAAAUCCUGAUAACCUCGCAGGUGCUUUGCUGCUGGGGCUGGAAAACUGGACGCUCUAUUGUGUGCUUGCUAGCAGCCAUGGCGUGCCCCCCAAGCUGGUGAUUGAGGAGGUCACCUCGGGCAUCUUGAAAAGUCUCAAGGAGAUGCUUCGUCAAAUCAUCGGACCGCUGCAAGCUUCCGAAUCCGACAGGAGCAAGAAAGCCCCUGGCGAAGGCCAAGCCGGAGAUCUUCCCUUUAGUGCCGAGCAUGCCGGUGCUCUCUGUACAUCGGUGGCCGAGCUACUGCAGGCACUUCAUGAGUUCCUGAGUCGCCAUCGGCUAGCCGAGGAUCAGCUCCACCAGCUAAUCCACAUUGCUCUCUCCAUUUUCUUUUUGGGUGAGCCAAAUUUUCGUCUAUGUGCAGCUGCCGAGGAGGUGCUGGUGACGAUUUUCUCGCGCCACGAAGCGCUCCGCAGCUCCGUGCUACAGGAGUUUCUUUCCCGGGCACCAAGGCUGCCUACAGGCAAGCGGGCAAAGAAGUUCCAGAUGCCCGCGACAGAGGAGAGCGGAGCAUAUGGUCUGAGCACCUGGACGCAUCUGCUGCUGCGACUCUGCCAGUCCACUUGCCUGCCGCUGCGCGAGCCGAUCGGCAGCGAUGUGGACUUCGAAUCGGUGGUCGAGUGCCGUCCGGCUGCGCAGUCGGUCAUCUCCCAGCUUGUAGCUGGGCUACUGCAGCGACUGGUGCUGUCUCGAAGUAAGGACGAGGAAGCCCGCUUGAUUAUGGAGGACUUCACUGACGAAGUCUUCUCUGCAGCUUUCAAGCCAAUGUGGCCUGGAGCCCUAGCACUGCUCCGCCAGAUGGUGCAGCAACUGAUCGCAUUUCUUCAGGAGAAGAAGCAGGCAGGCGACAUCACCGUGCGAGAGUUCACGUUGAAGCUGUUGAGCCGAGCGGAGAUCCGGCUGUGGCACCAUGCCACUCAGAGCUCUCAAGCCAGGGUGGAGCUACCCCAGUGGACCGAACCACCCGAGGAGGUUGCAAAACAUGCAAAGGAAGGGCGGCUCCUCCAGCACAUUGCCCUCCGAGUCUCGUUGGAGGAUGGCCGCGACAUGCCUUGGAGUGAAGCAGCACGGAUUGUGGAGGCGUGGGAUGCCGAGCUGUUCCUGUCAAAGGGUGCAGGUGAUGAGCAAGCUCAAGGCCUUACAAGCCUCAGCGACGACAUCGUCUUCCUUCACUUGACAUUGGCGCGCCCCUUCUGCUUCCGCCCGUGGGGACAGAGUCAAGUGCUGCUGCUCCGGCAGCGCCGCUGUCUGCCGCAGUCUUCGGAGCCGGUCAUCCGGUGCAUGCGUGGAGCUUCCUGGUUUGUGACUGCGCAGAGGCCGCUUCCCCCUCCGAGGAGGCCACUUCGCGACGGAGAGGCGACGGCGUGGCACCUGAGAAGUUUUCUGUGA